AUGGCCGACGUUGAGCUAAUUAAGAAGUGCCUCACAGCUCAUCCCGAUUUCCCUAAGAAAGGUAUCGUCUUUCUCGAUAUCUUUCCCAUCCUCCGUGAUCCUUUCGUCUUCGAAACACUUAUAACUCAUUUCAUUCAACACAUCACUUCGCACACUAUCGGAUUGUCUGAAAAGAAGAGGGUUGACGUUAUUGUUGGUCUCGACGCCAGAGGCUUUUUGUUUGGCCCCAUCAUUGCGCUGAGACUUGGUGCAGCUUUUGUACCUGUCAGGAAAGCGGGAAAACUUCCUGGGGCAUGCAUUAGCGCAAGCUAUGAGAAGGAAUAUGGCACGGAUUCAUUUGAGAUGCAAGCAGGCGCAAUCACCCCAGGUCAAACUGUUGUUGUUAUCGAUGAUCUAAUUGCUACAGGUGGUUCGGCAAAGGCAGCGGGUGAACUGGUCGCCAUGCAAGGAGGCCAGACGCUCGAAUAUCUCUUCGUCAUCGAGCUCAUGUUCCUCCAAGCUGCCUCGAAGCUCAAUGCUCCGGUAUAUUCCAUCGUGAAAACCGACGACUGA